GGGGCCUUCGGGGGAGCGGCGGCCGGGCCGGCGCGCGUCGGCCUCGCGUUCGGCGUGCGAGGGCAGGGUAAGGCGUGCGAGCGGCUGCCCCCGGAGCGGUUACCGGCCCGCCUGCAGCCCGGGCUGGGGAAAAAUGAGCGUUAAGUGCUACCGUAUCCACAGGUUGUACGCUAACAAACCAAAGCUAACAAACAUAACAAAUUACGUUUUAAAAGUUCAAACAUCUUUAAACUUGCUUAUAAUCUUCCUUAUUAAAAAAAGGAAAUACUAUUUUAUGUUUAAAAUUGCUAAUAAAUCAUUAUUAACAAUUACAGGCUCAGAAAUUCUGAUGCUGUAAAGCUUCACACUUAACAAUCUCGUAAAUCUCGUAAAAAAAAAAAAAACACAUAAAAUAAUUUCGUAAUCAAGAGCGGAUCUUACUCCUGCAUUUGCUAUGUGAACAAUAUAACAGCUGCUCAAAUGUGGAGGAGGUAAGCCAACAGGUUUUUGCUGGAUUUGCAAGUAGAGGCGUUGUGUAGGAGAAGGAGCUCCUAGUCAGGAAAUGUGCUUUAACCAUUGCUGCACUCUCUGGGUUUGAAGUUGUUGAUAGAUUUGCAGUUACUGACAGUGCUGCUCAAACAGGCAGAACAGUAUGUUUAGAAACAUGACUUCAGCUGCCUGAUUUUGAAGACAUUGAACUUCUUUGUUAAUAAAACAUGGAAAAUUUUCUUUAAUACACCAAGUCUAAAUAGCUUUUAAUUAUUAACUCUGAAAUAGGCGUGUGGUUUUUUUUCUGAGGCAAUUAAGAGUUUGUGACUUGAUUUUUGAUAAGAGUACAGCUUUCACCUUUUGUAUGUAAGUAUGUAAUUAACCUCAAUACAAAUAGUCCUUGUGACAAUGGAAAUGACCCCUUUGGUACAGUUACUUCACUGAUCAUACAUUCAGGGUCAAGGCAUAAGUUUUGUUGUUUUUUUUUAAAUACUGAUGAUCAUCAGUAUUUUAAAGUGUCAGCUAUGUGUAUUCUUAAAGGUUGUCAUAUGUCGGGUACUUGACCUUGCUUAAGUCAGGAUGGGGUUCUGUAAACUCAUUUAUCCUCACAGCCUGUUUGCAUGCAGUGGUAUCCUGCACUCCUUUGACCUCUGCUCUGCUGCUUCCCGCAGGCUCCCUGGGGUGCAGAAGCCUCUCCCAGCCACCUGUGGCUGCUGCCACUGGCGAUGUGACUGGUUUUCAUUGGUCACCGCAUGCCAGAACCACGGCAGUCCUUGUCCUUCAGCUCUCCGCUGUAGAGACUGUGCUGUCAAGUAGUGCUUCUGCAACUAUAACAGGCUUUGUUUUAAGAACAAACAAACAAAAAACCAAACUAAUCAAUCAGAAACAACACCCCUCCCACAUAGUUUUCACUUGUUAAUGCCAUGCUGGGUGUGAAGUUAAUGCAAGAUAUGAUCAUCCUUUCUGCACUUAAAUUUCUGGUACUUCAGAAGUUGGGCGCGAAGAAUAAAUCUCUCCAUGCUGUGGACGUCCUUAUCAGAACACCGCCAGAUUCAUCUGCUGGAGAACCUGGAAACAACUUACGUCUCAUUUCUUAUCACUAAUGCAAGGUAGUCCAGAGAGCUGAAUUAGUCCCAGAACACUCAGAGGCAAAGUUUAAAUCUCAGUUCCGGGUUGUGUGUCAGCAGUUUCUGCUUGCCGUUAGGUGAUUACAUUAACCUUUGGUAUGACUGUGUAGCAGACCAUGGCUGUCCUUGGAGGAGAGUGCAAGGAUGUCUUUAGCUGGAAUGGCUGGUACGUACUUCCUCAUAUAUUUGUGAAGGGAUGAGCAAGCAUGAAUAUUUAAAAAUAAGAACCAUGCUUAACUUGUGUGUGUGUGCCAUUGCCUUGUCAAGGCUUUUGAUUCUCUUGGACGGUACAGCCAGCAACAUUAACGAUUUAUUUUCUUGCUGUGAUUUGUGAAAGGUGAGAGACCUGUAGUACUCUUAGCAAGUGGGAACUGGUCUGAACCUAUGGGCUGUAGGAGCAGUUAGCCCAGGGAGCAGCGAGAAUGAUGUAGAACCAUCAGGACACCUGUGUGAGAAGCAAACAUCCUAUACUGCCAGGGUCUCUCACAGCUCUAGGUUUGAAGAAAAAAAGCAGCAGGGAGGAUGUAGGCUGAGCACCGUACAGGAACCUUGCUAGUACUGUUUCUGUAACAGACGUCGCUCUCCUCCUGUCAUAUAAACUCUUUGAUAUCCCAGCUCUAGAGCUGAUUCAGGCAUGGUGGCAAAUCCUCAUGUAAUCUGUCUGUUACACUAGAAUGGUACUUCUCUUGCCUGUUUCCCUUUAACAGCAGUCUGUCCGAAUUUUGCAUACCUUAGUUAUGCCUGUAACUGUUUCAUCAAGUGACUGUAGCCUUGGUUGGUAGAAAGCCAGUCAGAGAAGGGAUAUGCUUUAAACAGAAACUUGGAAAAGGUUUUGCUUAUACCCUGUCCCUUUCCUCUCACCAGAAACAACCUGAGAUAACGAGGUUUAUCCCAUUAACACCAAGGGCAUGCUGGAUGUAUCAGUGGCCUUUGGCUUCACUGAGGCUCUGGGUUUUCACUCGUUUUUAGUAUGGCAUGUCAUACCCUCCAGAAAUAGUUGCAGAGCAAAGUAGAAGUUUUUUUUUUUUUUUUUUUCUGGGAUAGAAGCAGGAAUGUAGAGAACCUGUUGCUUUCUUAGUUCUUAGGCCAAAGGUUUUCCUGCUGCUUGAUCUAUUUUUUCCAGGAGGGAGGGGAGAGUAUGCGAUUGGUGAAGACAGUCCUCCUCCUCCUCUUCUUGGCGUGGUUUACUUCAUUAAGUCAUCAGCCACCAAGCUGAUAGUGAACUUGCUAAGGUCUCACUCUGCGCUGGCAUGCUGAGGCAGCAGGGCCAAGGAACAGAAACGGUUCCUGAGUAUGUUGGGAAUCCUCCUCUUGUCCUUGUGUGGAAGUAGCAGGAUUAUACGGCGCACACAGUAGAAAUGCCUGUGUAGCCUGGUCUGCCAGUACUAUUGCUACCGCCAGCCGAGAGCAUGGGUGGUGGAUUAAAGCUUUAACUCUCGCUAAUCUGGAUGCUCAUGUGUUGGGUGUGCACUGUGCCUCAAGCGGCACGUAGGAGCAGGCAGCACUGGCCUUUGUGCACCGGUGUGAGCUGGGCUUGCUGUGUCUUCUUGCUGGCCUGGGCUCCCCUGGCAGAUCUGGUGUGCAAAUUGACAGUCUUGCCUGCGCCUCGUGGCGUGGGUUUGGGCACUUGUCCAGCGUGUUUCUGCUCCAGUGCUUUCCGUGAGUGCUCAGCUCUUACCUCUCCUGUCCUUUCUGGGAGUGUGCAGCCUUUCUGCAUGGAGGCAUAUCUUAGUUUUAUCCAUAUUUCCCUGGUGAUUUCAGAGGCAGCUGGAUUGCCUGCUGUAUAUUUGUUUCUUUUGCCUGUUCCCACCCUGCUCGAGUGGAUGAAGUCAGUCUCCCUCCUUUGUUCUUGGUGAGGGGAUUUGCACCUACCAUGAAACUGUGCUGGCAGCAGGCAGGUGGCGUUUGGGUGCAUUUCCUCUGUUUUCUGAAGAGCUGUCAGGGAGGACUGGGAAUCCAGUUGUAUGUGGUGGUACAUCCUCCUGUGAUAUGCUGGCUCUAAGGCCAGGCAUGCCUCAAAAGAGGAAGUGCAGUAACUGUCAGUCUGGGGAAGGAUGGAGAUCAUGUGAGAGUACAAGAAGCAGUGGUAGAGUGUGCAUUUGUAGGAAAUAUUAGCAUGAGGUGUUUACAAAGUCAUCUUCUCGAGGUUGCACUUCCUGUACUGGUUUUGGCUGGAAUAGAGGGAGGAAAGCUUUUCACCAUGGGGAAACCAUUUCCCCAUUUGUGUGGGGAAACCAAAGUAAAGGGCAACCACUUGACAUUUAUGUUUGCACAGCUAUGGACAGAGCUGAACAGUUGUGUCCUUGGUCUGUACAGGUCAUGCAUACUGUACAUUCAACUCAGUUGCUUGUGUGGCCGACAGUGCUGCCCCUGUAGGCGAUUGUGCAAGAUGUGCUCAUUUCCUAGUGUUUAUAAAGAACGGCUUGUAUCUGGAUAACCAGACUCCAUGGUCAAAGAGUAAAUCAGAGCCAAGCUUGCAAAACUUAGAAGUCCUGACCUGCAAGCCGCUCCUUCUUUUGUGUCCUCUUUACCUGCCAAAGAGUUGUCAGUCCUUCCUUUUCCCUUCUCCCCUGCAAACUCAUAUGUCCCUCAAACUGUUCUCUCUGUUACUUUAGGUCUUCUUGAGCUAGAAGGAUGAAAAUUGGCAAUUGGAAAGUCACCGUCACUCUCCUAAGCUUCCUCCUAACUUCCAAGUUCCAGUUUGGGUGUACAAGGCUGCGAGCAAGUCUACUGUCCCAUUCCAUGAUUUAAACAGAGGCUUGGAGCAUGCAUCAUUAGCGGGAUGGUCGGCCACCGAAGCUGCCAUGUCGUCCCUGACGACCUCCAGUGAGGGAGAGAACUCCACUCCCAGGUUUGUCGUCGGUUCCAGGGAUGAUGAGACAGACUUCCUGGAAUCAAACAUGAAGACAGAUGAAACCGAUUUUUUUGAAGAUGAUGAAGAGGAGGAGUCGCCACCUGAACGGCAGAUUGUGGUUGGAAUCUGUGCCAUGACCAAAAAGUCCAAGUCAAAGCCCAUGACACAAAUUCUGGAGCGUCUGUGCAAGUUUGAGUAUAUCACAGUUGUGAUUAUGGGGGAAGAUGUUAUUCUGAAUGAACCAGUGGAGAACUGGCCUUCCUGUGACUGCCUAAUCUCCUUCCACUCCAAAGGAUUCCCUCUGGAUAAAGCAGUUGCAUAUGCCAAGCUGUGCAAGCCAUUUUUGAUUAAUGACCUUGGUAUGCAGUAUUAUAUCCAGGACAGGCGUGAAGUGUAUCGGAUCCUUCAAGAAGAGGGAAUAGACUUGCCCCGCUAUGCUGUCCUCAAUCGAGACCCCGAUAGACCGGAAGAGUGCAACUUGGUGGAAGGAGAGGACCAUGUGGAAGUAAAUGGAGCUGUUUUCCCAAAGCCAUUUGUAGAGAAGCCGGUCAGUGCUGAGGACCAUAAUGUGUAUAUUUACUACCCGACCUCAGCAGGUGGGGGCAGCCAGCGGCUCUUUCGGAAGAUUGGUAGCCGGAGUAGCGUGUACUCCCCAGAGAGCAGUGUAAGGAAGACAGGGUCAUACAUUUAUGAGGAGUUCAUGCCUACAGAUGGCACUGAUGUAAAGGUGUACACUGUUGGGCCAGACUAUGCCCAUGCAGAGGCUCGCAAAUCUCCUGCUUUGGAUGGGAAGGUUGAACGGGACAGUGAAGGGAAAGAAAUUCGUUACCCAGUUAUGCUGACUGCCAUGGAGAAACUUGUUGCACGGAAAGUCUGUGUAGCCUUUAAGCAAACAGUGUGUGGGUUUGACCUCCUGCGGGCAAAUGGCCACUCUUUUGUUUGUGAUGUGAACGGCUUCAGUUUUGUGAAGAACUCUAUGAAGUACUAUGAUGACUGUGCCAAAAUCCUUGGAAACAUAAUAAUGCGCGAGUUGGCUCCCCAGUUUCAUAUUCCCUGGUCUAUCCCAACAGAGGCAGAAGAUAUUCCUAUUGUCCCCACAACUUCAGGCACCAUGAUGGAGCUUCGUUGUGUUAUUGCAGUCAUCCGGCAUGGAGAUCGUACCCCAAAGCAGAAAAUGAAGAUGGAAGUUAAGCAUCCUCGGUUCUUUGAGUUAUUUGAGAAAUACGAUGGCUACAAGACAGGGAAGUUGAAGCUGAAGAAACCAGAGCAGCUACAGGAAGUGCUGGACAUUGCACGGCAGCUUGUGGUGGAACUGGGAACCCACAGUGACUGUGAGAUUGAGGAGCGGAAAUCCAAAUUGGAACAGCUGAAGAGCGUCUUGGAGAUGUAUGGACAUUUUUCUGGCAUUAACCGUAAGGUGCAGUUGACCUAUCUGCCUCAUGGACAUCCAAAAGCUGCAAGUGAAGACGAAGAAGGUCGCAGAGAGUCUUCCCCUUCUCUUCUCCUGGUGCUGAAGUGGGGUGGAGAGUUGACACCAGCAGGAAGAGUCCAGGCAGAAGAGCUGGGGCGAGCCUUUCGCUGUAUGUACCCUGGUGGCCAAGGUGAUUAUGCUGGUUUCCCUGGAUGUGGCCUGCUCAGACUGCACAGCACAUACCGUCAUGAUCUCAAGAUUUAUGCCUCCGAUGAGGGACGAGUUCAGAUGACAGCAGCAGCUUUUGCAAAGGGUCUGCUGGCCCUGGAAGGAGAGCUGACCCCCAUCCUGGUGCAAAUGGUGAAAAGUGCCAAUAUGAAUGGUCUCCUGGACAGUGACAGUGAUUCUCUUAGCAGCUGUCAACACAGAGUGAAGGCACGACUGCAUGAAAUCAUGCAGAAGGAUGCUGAGUUCUGUGAAGAGGAUUAUGAGAAGCUAGCACCUACAGGUAGUGCUUCUCUGCUCAAUUCCAUGACCUUUAUCCAGAAUCCAGUAGAGAUCUGUAACCAGGUGUUCACCCUGAUUGAGAAUCUCACCUCCCAGAUACGAAAACGUCUGGAAGACCCAAAAUCUGCAGACCUGCAGCUGUACCACAGCGAGACUUUGGAACUGAUGCUGCAACGCUGGAGUAAGCUGGAGAGAGAUUUUCGCAUGAAGAAUGGCCGUUACGACAUCAGCAAGAUCCCCGAUAUCUAUGACUGCAUCAAGUAUGAUGUGCAGCACAACUGUGCACUGAAACUGGAAGGCACAGCUGAGCUCUUCAGACUCUCUAAAGCCCUGGCAGAUGUGAUCAUACCCCAGGAAUAUGGAAUUAAUAAGGAGGAGAAACUGGAGAUUGCUAUUGGCUUUUGUCUUCCUCUCAUUAAAAAGAUCCAGUUGGACCUACAGAGAACCCAUGAAGAUGAGUCUGUCAACAAACUACAUCCUUUGUACUCAAGAGGAGUUUUGUCACCAGGUCGCCAUGUUCGGACACGGUUAUACUUCACCAGUGAGAGCCAUGUGCACUCUCUGCUCAGCAUCUUCCGCUAUGGGGGGCUCCUGGAUGAGAACAAAGACCAGCAGUGGAAGAGAGCCAUGGACUAUUUGAGUGCUAUCUCAGAGCUGAACUACAUGACCCAGAUUGUUAUCAUGCUCUACGAGGACAACAACAAGGACCCAUCUUCAGAAGAGCGUUUCCAUGUGGAGCUGCAUUUCAGCCCUGGUGUGAAAGGCUGUGAGGAAGACAGAAAUGUCCCCACGGGAUUUGGCUUUCGGCCUGCAUCAGCAGAGAAUGAGGACAAAAAAACAGACCAAGGCAGCCUGGAGGACCUCUCCAAAGAGAAGGGCAUUGAUGAGCCAAAUCGUGCACAGCAAAUGUCUCCGCAGCCCUCUGAGCCGGUCAGCAUUCAGCGAAGAUCACCAUUGAUCAGGAACCGGAAGACAGGGUCCAUGGAGGUGCUUUCUGAAUCUUCUUCCAAAUCAGGAGGUUAUCGCCUGUUCAGCACUUACUCAAGGCAGUCUUCUGAGAUGAAGCAAAGUGGCUUAGGGUCACAAUGCACCGGCCUGUUUAGCACCACUGUGCUGGGAGGCUCCUCCAGUGCCCCCAACCUCCAGGACUACGCACGCAGCCAUGGCAAAAAGUUUGCCAGCAGCCUGACAUACAAAGACGAGCUCUUGUCUAUGCCAGCCGUAAAACGAUUUUCUGUGUCGUUUGCAAAGCAUCCGACUAAUGAUGCGUUUGAGCACCACCACGUUGCCCAGUUGCUGCGCCGUUUUUCCUCUGACUAUGCCACGAGCCGGAACAUCUCGCUGGAUGCCACUCUAGCCCAUCACCUCCAGCAGUGCUCCUACCACCUGCGCCUCUUCAGGAGCUGGCUGAUCUCAGGGCAGGAUGACUUGGAGUGUCUUUACGGUUUUGAAGGCUGUUCCAUGGUUCCUACCAUUUAUCCCCUGGAGACCCUGCACAACUCCCUCUCUUUGCGACAGGUCAAUGAGUUCCUGACGGCUGUGUGCAGGAGUUGCAGUGAGUCACAUGUCCAGUCUACUGCAGCUUUGUUUGAUUCAAUGAUUGGCAACCAGAUACCAGGGGACCCCUUUAUGUCUCAGCGAAUCCUGUCAUCAUCCUCUUUCCCAUUGCGCCAGCGUUCGGAUAAGCCCCCUUGGUACAGCAGUGGCCCCUCCAGUACUGUCUCCAGUGCAGGCCCGUCCUCCCCAACCUCUUUGGACAGCUGUGCUCGUUUCAGCUUCACCGAGAAACUUUCCAUCAGUCCCCCAAAAAGCGAGGAGCAGCUAAAUAGCCAGUCCCCUGAGCAAGGAGAGAGAGAGCCUGACAGAGGAGGGCUUGAUGUGGAGGUGGGGGUGUCUGGGUUGUCAGUGGCUGAGCCAAGUGCCCCAGAAACGCUGACCUGGAGUGAGGGCCCAGAGCCAGGCGGGGUCCUGGAGCUGUGCAAGAAGGAGCUGGCUGACAAGAACUCUAACCCAGAGAAGAAAAGUGUGCUGGCACUGGAUGAAGAAGAAUCAUCUGGGGAAAUGCUAGACCCAAGUAAAACAGGGAAACCAAAGUGUCAAGCAGAGUCUGAGAUAAGGCCAGCUGGAGAGAGAGUGGAGCCAGGUGAAGGGUAUUUAGGGGGAAUGACUGGCUUGAGUCAGUCAGGGCUGUCCAAGAACGAAUGUGAAGACGAGUUGCUGGGAGAGGUGUUGGACCCAGAGCAUAUGGGCAAGGAGCCACUGGGGGACAGCACUCUGUCAGGCCAGCUUCUGUCUGGUCAGCCAUGCCAGGAGCAGCCACUGCCUCCUGAGACAAGCGUGAAGGUGCUGCAGCCAAUGUGUCAGGAGGGUCAGCAGAACUAGCUGCUAACUGGACAGUACACUGCAUGCAUUUCUAGCCUGGAGGCAGCCCAACUUCCUGCACAACACUUCAUGCAGCUGGCUGUCCGCAGCACAGAACAAGCCAUAUCCCAAGGCCACAAGACUCUGGGAUGUGGAAGAGUCUGCUCCGCUCCUACACAAGCCAGCUCUUUGCCAACCAGCAAGAGAUAACACCCCAUCUGCCUCGUUAAACAAACAACAAAUGCAGUCUCAGUUACUGGCACAGCACCUCCAUGAGUAGGGAUGUGGCGCUGCAUCAGUGCAGGGUGUCCCCAGGGUUGUUUGCUUGCUGGGACAGCAGAGUUAGAGGGUUGGUAGAGUCAAGGCUUUUGGGGUGGUAAGUCCAGAGGGGACAAAUUGGUCCCUGGAGAUUUGUUGGCCCACAGCCUUCAGAGAAAGGCAUUCUGGGUCCAAAGUAACUGGGUUCUUCACAACCACCAACCUCCUCUGUUCCUUCCUUCCUCUCUCAAUGCCCGCCAUUGGCCACCAAAAACAGAUCCAGAGAGUCCAUGUUGGGAAGAAUAGGAAGAGGAGAAAGCAUUCUGAAUGAGCGUGGGAAAGAAUUUAAUGGGAGGAACAGGUUCAAGACUGCCACUUGCAAGAAGAACUCUCUCUGGAAUGGACUUGAAUAUUUUUCUGCUGGGCUGGAGCAGGCAGGCAGGAGCCUGGAGAUCCAGCCUGAGAGGGGUGUACAGGGAGGACACGGGUUUUUCUAGUCCCCAGGGGUCAGGCAAGGUAAAGUUCUGAAGUCUUGGUGACAGAAAUUAAGAGAAACUGCUAUUUGAGCAAAUCAGGAUUGUUAGAAACCAAUAAGGAGAAAUCUUUAUUAUAUAUAAAAUGAAAAGUAUUUAAUACAUAUUUAUGUAAAUGACCUGCGAGCACAAGCCUGAGGGCAACAUUGACACAGGUUUCCCUGCUACAUCCUUAGUGCAGGCCAGGACUGUGCUUCCUGCACCUCCUGCAUUUAUGGACAAGUCUGUGUGUUCGUCUGUAGCUAGGAUCUAUGUUUUUGUGAAGCUGUGCCCAAAGAUCUCUGCGCUGUGUUGUGAUGAUGUACGUUCACAGUAAAUCUCUGCUGUGGG